CCGUCAGCUGUUUUUGUUUUGCUUCUUUUUUUCUCUUGACGGCGAUGAAAAUUCUUGACAAAACGUCUGGACUGAAGUGUGAAUUAGAUCUUUUUUCCAAGGAGUAAAAACCUCCGCCAAGGCUUUUACAACUCACUCGCACGUCGAGUGCUCCACUUUUCUGACAAAUUGGAGUCGUCUUCCGCCGACAUCGAGCGACGAGGUGCAGCCGAUCCCAGGCCUCCAAUCCACGGCGGAGGAAGGGAAGGAGGUCGCUGGGACUCGGAAUGGAGGCAGGAGAGGGCGCCGGUGGGCCUGCGAGACCGGGCGGGCCGGGAGUCCGGUUUGGAUGCGCCUCUUUCAACCAAGACGUCACGUCACUGGCUUUGGGAACCAAGACUGGGUAUAAGUUGUUUUCUCUGACCGUGGUGGAUAAGCUGGACUGCAUCCAUGAGAGUGCAGAAAUUUGCGAUGUCUACAUUGUGGAGCGUCUCUUCUCCAGCAGUCUGGUGGUUGUGGUGAGCACCAGCAUACCACAGAGUAUGAACAUUUACCACUUCAAGAAGGGCACAGAGAUCUGCAACUACAGCUACCCCAACAACAUCCUGGCUGUCAAGCUCAACAGACAUAGGCUUGUUGUGUGCCUUGAGGAGUCCAUUUAUAUCCACAACAUCAAAGAUAUGAAGCUGCUGAAGACUCUUCUCAACAUUCCAACCAACCCUUCAGGCCUCUGUGCUUUGUCUACCAACCAUUCCAACUCCUACUUGGCCUACCCUGGCAGUGCCACCAUGGGAGAGAUUGUAGUUUAUGAUGCCAACAUUAUGAGCACAGUGACAAUGGUUCCGGCCCACGACAGUCCUCUGGCAGCUCUUAGCUUCAAUGCUUCGGCCACCAAAAUUGCCAGCGCCUCUGAGCGGGGUACCGUAAUACGAGUGUUUUCCCUCCCUGAAGGCCUCCGUCUCUUUGAGUUCCGUCGUGGCAUGAAGAGGUAUGUCAACAUCAACUCUUUGUCCUUCAGCCCUGAUGGACACUUCCUUUGUGCUUCCAGCAACACAGAAACAGUGCAUAUCUUUAAAGUGGAACAGAUGGGAUCAAGUGGCGAUGCUAGCUGGUCAGCCUAUGUGGGGAAGAUGUUCACAGCAGCCAGCAGCUACCUACCUGCUCAGGUAUCCGGUAUGAUGAUCCAGGACCGCGCUUUUGCCACAGUUCACCUCAACACCUCCAGCCAGAGGAACGUCUGUGCCCUGACUGUCAUCCAGAAGCUUCCACGUUUGCUGGUGGCCACAGCUGAUGGCCACCUCUUCAUCUACAAUGUGGAUCCACAGGACGGAGGCGAGUGCAUGCUGGCAUACAAACACAGGCUAUUUGGUGCUGAUGAAGACAAGGAUGAAGGUGAUAAAGAAAUAGAUGGAUCAGAGAACACAGUGCAGGCAUGUCCGUCCUAUGCUGCAACUGCUGCCUUACCAGCUACUGGUCCUGUCACUCCAACGCUGACUGGCUACUCUGAAGAUGGAGGAGCAAAGAAUGGAGAAGUGAUCCCAGAACACGAGUUUGCUGCUGGACCUGUACGUCUGGACGAUGAGAACGAGUUUCCUCCUGUGAGCAUUCAGAAGUGCUGACUAAGCAAGCUACCAUAGCGAUUAAUUGGUGCCGUGACGGAAGUGGAGUUGGCCAUGGGAGGCGCUCUUGAGAGGGUACAUACAUAGAGGGACACAUAGAGACCUCAGCCAGCCAGACAUUAGUGUUGGGAAACACAAUCAAUGACUCACAAUCAUGAAGUACAUUUCAAAUAGUACUUUUCUAACUGUGGUACCUUGGUCAUUGUGUUCCAGGACAGAACUUUGAUGGUAAACACCUCAAACAACAUCAAGUGUAAGAUUUAGAGGAAGUUUCAGAAUUUGAAAUGAGAGUUUAUGCUUCAGAAGUAUUGAUGAAUAUUUGAGGUGCAUGCUGGUACAGCAAUGUAAACAUAAUGUUCUCUUACUUGACAGAUAUUUUAUUUAUAUGCAUUAUUGUAGCAUUAUUAAAAUUAUUCAUGAUAACACGUGUUUUAUGUCAAAUUUAUACAGGUGGGGGAAUGUUUUAUGUACUGUAUUGUUUGUAUAACAAAAGUAUUUUGCUGAUUGCACAACACCAAAAGAAAUUAAAGAAAGCAAGAAUAAAAAAAGACAGUGGCGUUUCACCCAAGAAUAUUUUUUUUUCACAGCACCUUUGCUUCAGAUUAUAUUUCAUGAUUUCAAACAAGCGAGCUCAGUCCAUGACUUCCAGUUUGUAGAACAUCCUAGCCAUUGUUGUGUUGCAUAAGAGUGUUUAGCAAACAGUCAUCUCUACCAAAGUCCAACAUGCUAAACCCAUGGUCGUUAUUGACAUGACAUUCACUUUUAUUCUGAAAAAGUUUUUUAUCUCCUUCGUCAGCUUUGAUCUGUCAGCAGUGAACUUCCCAAAGUUGGUUUUCAAAUAUUUUAACUCCAGUUUGAUUCAUCUCAGCUUUGCAUGGGUUGGCAUUCUGAUUCCCUUCAAGAGCUAUUUUUGCAUUCUAACUGUGCAGGAGUAGGCCAUUUUAAAAUUUGUUGCUGUUUAGUGUAUGAAAUGAAACAUGUUUUCAAUGUUUAACCGGCAAGGCUCCUGCAUUACAACACUGAUAAGCAGUGAUGUUGACCAAUAAUACCAAAUCAUGUCCAAAUAAAAGAUCAUCUGGCAAUAUAAA